AUGGACGCGCCCGCUGCCUACGCUCCGUGGGAGGAAGAGAGUGAAGACGUUGCCAAGUUUGGCUACCGGCAGCAGCGAUUUCCACAGGCAGGGUAUAGUCGCUUUCCCGUAACCCAAGCCCCGCAGCGUCCACCCCAGCAACUGCAGCCACCGCAGCAGCAGGCGGUGCUGCCGCAGCAGGUCGCGCGUCUAGAGCCUAGUCAGUAUCCUGAUGCAGUGCGCGAGAUGCUGAUGCACAUUCAAAGCUUGUACCCCCAAGACACCCGUGAACGGGCCAUCUUGACCUUGUCCAAGAAGCGUGAGAAGUUCACAUUGCUCGGCCCUACUCUGUGGUACAGCGUCGGUGUCAUGGCGAUCUUCCUGCAGGAGAUCGUAUCCAUGUACCCCCUCCUCAACACACCUUCGUCGGCGCCGGUGAAACCGAUUAUCAACCGCGUUAGCAGCGUUCUUACCCUACUGCAGGUGAUUGCCCAGCACGACGCAUCGCGGCGACCCUUUAUGGAGUCAAAUAUUUGCCUCUUCCUGUACCCAUUUCUGCGCGCCACCCCAUCGGAGAGGUCUGAAGUGCUGCGCCUGACUUCACUGGGCGUCAUUGGCGCACUGGUCAAGGCGGACGACCCGGCGAUUACGUCCUACCUCCUCAACACAGAGAUCUUCCCGAUUUGCCUGAAGAUCAUGGAGCAAGCGAUCGAGAUUUCGAAGAUCAUCUCUACCUUUAUCAUUCAGAAGCUUCUGAUCUCGGAUCAAGGCCUGGCGUAUGCCUGCCAGAACCCCAGCCGCUUCACCGCCGUCGCAGAUGUUCUGCACCGUAUGGUAGCAGAGAAGGGAACGCAGAAUGAGCACGUGUGCGGGCCACGUUUGCUGAAACACAUCAUCCGCUGUUACCUCCGCCUCUCUGAAAACGAACGUGCACGUGAGGCGCUACCCAAGAUUCUCCCAGAGGAGCUGCGCAACAACACCUUCCAGGAGUAUCUGGACGAGGACAUCAACAUGAGGAAGUGGCUCCUCCAGCUCCUCGUCAACAUCGGAGAUGAGGGGGCGCGUCGCAUUAACGAAACCGCAAAGCACACACAGUAA